UGUUGUACGGCAAACGGAGGGAAAUGGCGUCAGGGAGGUGACGUCCUUCCGGCGGCGCUCAGGCGCGCAGUUUGAGCCGCGGUUGUCUGAGCCAUCGGCCCGUGGGAUUGUCCCCGCGUGGGGCCGGUCCGGGUGCCAGACCUGCCCUUGGUGCUUCUCUGAGGAAGAUCCCUGAGGAAAAGCUCUUGCUACCUCCACAUCGCUGCUUGCCCAGGGACACAGCCUGGCCGAGGAACCCGCUGCCUCUCUUACAGGAGAGCGGCGAGGGAAGAUGGAGGGGGGGAAAGCUUGUGCACCAAGCGGAGUGUUUGCUCACCUGGAAAUGCUGGAGGUGCAGUCUCAUGAGGCAGCUGUGAAGCAGGAGGAAAUGGAGCAGCAAGAAGAGAAGCUGGCCAGGCUGAAAGCAACAGUUCAGGAGCUGAGACUCCGGAGGGAUGAGCUGCAGGCUAAGGUGGAUCUGCAGCAAAAGGGGCAACUUGGGAAAGAAGGAGUCAUGCUGCCUCCGGCACAGCCCAGUGCUCAGGCUGUUUUGGAGUGGAAGAUAAAAAGCCUUAAGGCCAUGCUGCGGCUCUUUUACCUCACAGGGAUCAGCGGGAAGCUGACCAAGAAGGGAGUGUGUUUCUGCAUCAGCACGGCUUACGAGGGCACCUACUUGGAUUCUUACUACCUGGACCUGCUCACCGAGCCAGAAGUGCAGAUUUACCGCCACUCUGUCCCCAUCUUCAUCCCCCUGGAGGAGAUAGCCAAGAAGUACUUGCAGACGGACAUCAGGCGCUUCUUGUCUGUCCUGUCUGACCACCUGAAUGCUUACGUUCAGAGGAGGUACCAGGCAGACCAGUUACAGAAACACUUUUCGGACCAGAUAGAAGGAAAGUUGCAGAGGAACUCCUUGUGUGACUUGCUGGUCUUUAAUUACAACGUGUCAAGGAAAAGCAAGACCUUUCUGUUCAAGGUGAGGCUGCUUUAUGGAGAUCUCUGUUGCAGCCUCCCCACUGAAGCAGUCGUUUCCUGCGCAUCGGACGCUCCCGCAUCUGUAGCAGAGAUGGCAGCAGCUCACUCGGGCCUGUUUCGCCGUGUGGCCCUGCACAAAGCCUUCCGCUCCUUCGGCAGCGCGUGAGAAAGGGUGGAUGGAGCAUUCACCGUGAGCCACCCCGGCUUUCCUCAGUAACGCAGCUCCCUGAGCUCCCCUGCCUGUGGGGAGUGAUCACGAAAUGCAAACGUUUUCUGUGGACCGCAGCGAUGCUGCUGGAAACCCCAAGGAGCAAUUGGGCCAGCUUGAACCUCGAGAGCAACGUUUCCCUGCAGCUUCCGGGUGCCUGUUGUCACAGGUAACCUUUCCUCGGCACUGUGCUGCUUGCUUGUUUGAGCGCUGAUCUCUGCGGUUGGUGCGGCAGAGCUCCACGGUUGCAGGAAGCCUCUCACAGUUGGAAUCAGAAACGACACGAAAACUUCAAGGUCUUUUUUUCAGUGGCCAUGCCCUGGGGGUCAGCACCAUGUGCUUAUCCAACACACCUCGAAAGCAGGGAGCAAGUGGGGUGAGCUGUGCCCUGCUUACUAGAGCCAGGCAAGGAUUUCAUGUUAGAAGCUGCAAGGGGUUGAGGGACGGAGGUGAGGUUUACGUUAGUGCCAGCUAAACCCGUGCCCUCGUGCAAGCUGUUAACCACCCCACGAGCAGGAGCGCUGAACUUCCCGGAAAAUUUCACACCAGCGGUGCCUUUACACGUGCUCUUUCCUUCCCUUUAGGCGUGGGGCAGAUUUGCUGGUGUCCUGUCGUUGUGCUUCAACUCUGGAUCAGAUCUUUGAAAACUUGUUUUGUAACAGUACUUUAGCAGCUUAUUAAUAAAAGUUCUACAUUACUCAAA